GUUGUGGCCGUUAUGCAGGUGGCCAAGGUUAUAAUAGCAUAGGGCACUUUUGUGGAGGAUGGGCUGGUAAUUGUGGAGAUGGUGGUAUUGGAGGAAGCACUUGGUAUUUGGUUUGUGAUCGAUGCAGAGAAAAAUAUCUCCGUGAAAAGCAAGCAGCAGCAAGAGAAAAGAUUAAACAAUCUAGGAGAAAACCAAUGCAAGUUAAGACACCUCGUGCCUUGCCAACUAUGGAAGCUCAUCAAGUGAUUAAAGCCAAUGCACUAUAUUUAUUGUCACUGAGUAGCGCUGCUGAGCCCAGUAUCCUCUGCUAUCACCCUGCAAAAGCAUUCCAAUCUCAACUUCCCAGUGUCAAAGAAGGAAUUUCUGAAGACUUUCCCAUUAAAAUGCCAUGUCUUUAUCUACAGACUUUAGCAAGGCAUCAUCAUGAAAAUUUUGUUGGGUACCAGGAUGACAACCUCUUCCAGGAUGAGAUGCGGUACCUGCGCUCAACUUCAGUACCUGCACCGUACAUCUCAGUUACUCCUGAUGCAAGCCCUAAUGUCUUUGAAGAGCCAGAGAGUAACAUGAAAUCUAUGCCCCCAAGUUUGGAAACCAGUCCGAUAACAGAUACAGAUCUUGCGAAGCGUACAGUCUUUCAAAGGUCAUAUUCAGUUGUUGCAUCAGAAUAUGACAAACAGCACUCAAUUUUGCCAGCACGUGUAAAGGCAAUCCCUAGGAGACGAGUCAACAGUGGAGAUGCAGUGGGGUCCUCUCUCCUGAGACAUCCAUCUCCUGAACUUUCUCGGUUAAUCUCCGCCCACAGCUCUCUUUCUAAAGGAGAGAGAAAUUUCCAGUGGCCAGUAUUGGCAUUUGUAAUCCAGCAUCAUGAUCUGGAAGGACUUGAAAUAGCAAUGAAACAAGCCUUACGGAAAUCUGCUUGCCGAGUCUUUGCCAUGGAGGCUUUCAACUGGCUUCUUUGUAAUGUUAUUCAAACAACUUCUCUUCAUGAUAUUUUAUGGCAUUUUGUGGCUUCCCUGACUCCUGCACCUGUAGAGCCUGAAGAAGAGGAGGAUGAAGAAAAUAAAUCAAAUAAAGAAAAUGCAGAACAAGAAAAAGACACAAGAGUAUGCGAGCAUCCUCUGUCAGAUAUACUGAUUGCUGGCGAAGCAGCUCACCCGUUACCCCACACUUUUCAUCGCCUUCUCCAGACAAUCUCCGAUCUUAUGAUGUCUCUUCCCAGUGGUAGUGCAUUACAGCAAAUGGCCUUAAGGUGCUGGAGUCUCAAAUUCAAACAAUCUGAUCACCAGUUCCUGCACCAGAGCAAUGUUUUUCAUCAUAUCAACAAUAUUUUGUCUAAAUCUGAUGAUGGAGAUAGUGAAGAGAGUUUUAGUAUCAGUAUUCAGUCUGGUUUUGAAGUCAUGAAUCAGGAACUGUGUAUAGUAGUUUGUCUAAAAGACCUAACCAGCAUUGUUGACAUUAAAACAUCAAGCCGACCUGCCAUGAUUGGUAGUUUAACAGAUGGGUCUACAGAAACGUUCUGGGAGUCAGGAGAUGAAGAUAAAAACAAAACUAAAAACAUCACAAUUAACUGUGUAAAAGGAAUCAAUGCACGUUAUGUAUGUGUUCAUGUAGACAAUUCCAGAGAUCUUGGGAACAAAGUGACUUCAAUGACCUUCCUAACUGGCAAGGCGGUAGAAGAUCUCUGCAGAAUAAAGCAGGUAGACUUGGAUUCAAGACAUAUUGGCUGGGUGACAAGUGAACUUCCUGGGGGUGAUAAUCACAUCAUCAAAAUUGAAUUGAAGGGUCCAGAGAACACACUAAGAGUUCGACAAGUGAAAAUUCUUGGAUUGAAGGAUGGUGAAAGCAUUAAAAUAGCAGGCCAGAUUUCUGCAAGUGUAGCUCAACAAAGAAACUGUGAAUCUGAGACGCUGCGAGUAUUCCGACUUAUUACAUCCCAGGUGUUUGGAAAACUCAUCUCUGGAGAUGCUGAGCCAACCCCAGAACAAGAAGAAAAAGCGCUAUUGUCUUCCCCAGAAGGAGAAGAAAAAGUACACAAUGCAACAUCAGAUGCAGACCUGAAGGAGCACAUGGUAGGGAUCAUAUUCAGCCGGAGCAAACUGACAAAUUUGCAGAAGCAGGUGUGUGCUCAUAUAGUCCAGGCCAUACGAAUGGAAGCAACCCGUGUGCGUGAAGAAUGGGAGCAUGCCAUCUCAAGCAAAGAGAACGCCAACUCGCAGCCUAACGAUGAAGAUGCUUCUUCUGAUGCUUAUUGCUUUGAGCUGCUGUCAAUGGUUCUGGCGUUGAGUGGUUCCAACGUAGGCCGGCAGUAUCUGGCUCAGCAGCUGACUCUGCUCCAGGAUCUCUUCUCACUACUACACACUGCUUCUCCCAGGGUGCAGAGACAAGUAACCUCAUUACUAAGACGUGUUUUGCCUGAGGUAACCCCUAGUCGCCUGGCUAGUAUUAUAGGAGUGAAGUCUCUUCCACCAGCAGAUAUAAGUGAUAUCAUUCACUCAACAGAAAAAGGAGAUUGGAAUAAACUAGGUAUCUUAGACAUGUUUUUGGGAUGCAUUGCCAAAGCUCUCACUGUACAGCUAAAAGCCAAAGGAACUACUAUAACCGGGACAGCUGGCACUACUGCAGGCAAAGGAGUUACUACAGUCACACUUCCAAUGAUCUUCAAUUCCAGCUACCUUCGGCGAGGUGAAAGCCAUUGGUGGAUGAAGGGUUCAACACCUACACAGAUUUCAGAGAUCAUUAUUAAACUCAUUAAAGACAUGGCAGCAGGUCAUCUGUCAGAAGCUUGGUCCCGUGUGACAAAGAAUGCUAUUGCUGAAACCAUCAUAGCUCUGACCAAAAUGGAAGAAGAAUACAGAUCACCAGUGAGGUGCAUUGCAACAACCAGACUAUGGCUGGCCUUAGCAUCCCUCUGUGUACUUGAUCAGGAUCAUGUUGAUAGACUAUCCUCAGGAAGAUGGAUGGGAAAGGAUGGACAACAGAAACAGAUGCCAAUGUGUGAUAACCAUGAUGAUGGUGAAACUGCCGCAAUCAUUUUAUGUAAUGUCUGUGGGAAUUUGUGUACAGAUUGUGACCGAUUCCUUCAUCUCCAUCGGCGAACAAAAACCCAUCAGAGACAGGUAUUCAAAGAAGAAGAAGAAGCUAUAAAAGUUGAUCUCCACGAGGGCUGUGGUAGGACCAAACUUUUCUGGCUGAUGGCAUUAGCAGAUUCUAAAACUAUGAAGGCUAUGGUGGAGUUUAGAGAACAGACAGGCAAACCGACCACCAGCAGUUCUGAAGCAUGUCGUUUCUGUGGUUGUAGGAGUGGAACAGAAUUAUCAGCAGUGGGAAGCGUUUGUUCUGAUACAGAUUGCCAGGAAUAUGCUAAAAUUGCCUGCAGCAAGACACACCCCUGUGGUCAUCCAUGCGGAGGCGUCAAGAACGAAGAACACUGUUUGCCAUGCUUGCAUGGCUGUGAUAAGAACGCUACAACUCUUAAACAAGAUGCUGAUGACAUGUGCAUGAUCUGCUUUACUGAAGCACUUUCAGCAGCACCAGCUAUCCAGCUGGACUGCAGCCACGUUUUCCAUUUGCAAUGCUGUCAACGAGUACUAGAAAACAGAUGGCUUGGGCCAAGGAUAACUUUUGGGUUUAUGUCCUGUCCUAUUUGCAAGAACAAAAUCAAUCAUACAGUAUUAAAGGAUUUGCUUGAUCCAAUCAAAGAACUCUAUGAAGAUGUAAGGAGAAAAGCGUUAAUGAGAUUGGAGUAUGAAGGAUUGCACAAGAGUGAGGCCAUCACAACACCAGGUGUUAGAUUUUAUAAUGACCCAGCUGGCUAUGCUAUGAACAGAUAUGCUUACUAUGUUUGCUACAAGUGCAAAAAGGCAUAUUUUGGUGGCGAAGCUCGUUGUGAUGCUGAGGCCGGACAAGGAGAUGACUAUGAUCCAAGAGAGCUUAUUUGUGGUGCAUGCUCUGAUGUUUCAAGGGCUCAGAUGUGUCCCAAACACGGUACGGAUUUCUUAGAAUACAAAUGCCGCUACUGCUGUUCAGUUGCUGUUUUUUUCUGUUUUGGGACAACACAUUUUUGCAAUGCUUGCCAUGAUGAUUUCCAAAGAAUGACAAGCAUCCCGAAAGAAGAACUCCCACACUGUCCUGCAGGUCCCAAAGGUAAACAACUUGAAGGAACAGAAUGUCCACUUCAUGUUGUCCAUCCACCCACUGGUGAAGAAUUUGCUCUGGGUUGUGGGGUUUGCAGAAAUGCUCACACUUUUUAGACUAGCAUUUUUUUUUACCAGAGUAAAACAGGUGCCCUCAUCCCUCAAGUGUCCUGAAAAUAAAGGCCAGCUGGGAUGAGGACGGGACCAUUUCAUAACCCAGGUACAAGGAACAAUUUACAGUGCAAGAAGGAUGCCAAAUACCAUGUACAUAAUUCUUGCUGUGAGAUAUUGACAUUUUCUGAACCAAGACAUCCAAAACUUGUGAGGUGUUUGCAUGUGGCCAUUGCAGUCAUCGGCUAGGAAACAUUGGACAUUUACAAAUAAAUAAUUGCUAUUAAAGGAUCUGUGUGUCUGUGGACUAUGAAUGAUGCUGGCUUUCAGGGGAAAGAAAAAAAUAUUGAUUAUUGUAUACUGACUUUUUGUAAUCUUGUACAAUUGUAACGCAUCACAAGUGGGGACGGGAAAGAGGAAUAUUCUGGUUUAUUUCCUAGACUGUUAUUAAAAAAAAACUGUGUUAGGAAGGCAUAAAUGUAACAAGUAUCAUGCUGUAUAUAAAGGUAUCAAUGUUUGUCCUGUAUAAGAAUUAUUAAAUUACAACAGCAGUUUCAUUUAAACUUCUGGGUUAUGUUUGAGCCUGAAAUUUUAAUGAAGUGCAAUACUGAGUGUGCCUCAUAUCUUGCAGCUGUAAACAUAAUGGAAUGUACAUGUCAAUAAAACCACUGUACAUUUUUAUACAGUGAAA